UGGAAAUGAUGAUGACCAUGAUGUUUGAAGUGUUCAUGAUCCUCGUGAUGCUUAUGGUGAUGAUGAUGACCAUGGUGGUCAUGAUGAUGAUGACCUUCGUGAUGUUUAUGGUGUUCGUGGUGUUUGUGAUGUCCCUUAUGAUCGUGAUGAUGUUUGUGUUCCUCCUUAUGUUCCUCGUGGUGAUGAUGAUCUUCGUGAUGGUGGUGUUUAUGUUCCUCGUGGUGUUUAUGAUGAUGGUCUUCGUGGUGACCGUGGUGAUGUCCGUGUUUAUGCUCAUGAUGAUGUCCAUGGUGGUUAUGGUGUCCAUGGUGAUGAUGAUGUUCGUGUUUGUGUUCAUUAUCAUGUUUGUGAUGGUGGUGUUGAUGAUGACCAUGUCCGUGUUUAUGAUGAUGCUUGUGAUGAUGAUCUUGAUGAUGAUGAUGAUGAUGAUCUUGAUGAUGUUCGUGUUUAUGUUCAUGUUUAUGCCCGUGCUUAUUUUCAUGAUGAUGUCCGUGUUUAUGCUCGUGAUGGUGACCAUGUUUGUGCUCGUGACCAUGUUUGUGGUGAUGACCAUGGUGAUGGCCAUGAUGAUGACCAUGCUUAUGCUCAUGCCCAUGUUUGUGGUGAUGUUCUUCUUUCUCUUUGUGCUCAUGAUGGUGGUGGUGAUCGUUUUUAUGAUGAUGAGCAUGAUGAUGAUGAUGUUUAUUGUAGUGAUCAUGUUUGUGAUGAUGAUGAUGUUUACCAUGAUGCUUAUGUUCUUCAUGAUGCUCAUGCUUGGAAGUAUGAUGAUGAUGAUGACCGUGAUGGUGUUUUUCAUGGUGAUCAUGUUUAUGGUGAUGUUUGUGUUCAUGUUUAUGGUGAUGUCCAUGUUUGUGAUGCUCACCAUGUUUAUGGCCGUGUUUAUGAUGAUGGUGGUGACCGUUUUUGUGGUGAUGACCAUGUUCAUGUUUCUCUUCAUGUUUAUGUUUCUCAUCGUGAUGAUGACCAUGUUUAUGAUGAUGAUGAGCGUGAUGGUGAUUCUUGUGCUCUUCAUGAUGUUUAUGCUCAUGAUGCUCAUGGUGCUUAUGAUGAUGAUCGUGCUCAGCGUGGUGUUUAUGAUGAGCGUGAUGGCCGUGUUUGUGAUGAUGGUGAUGUUUAUGAUCGUGAUGUUCUUUAUGGCCAUGAUGAUGAUGGCUGUGAUGGCCAUGUGAUCGGUAAUCAUAGCCGGUCGAUGCAUGUAAAUUAUCUAUCCCUGAACUUGCUAAAACUGUAAUAUCGUUACGUUUUUUUGUAUCUGAA